AUGGAGACGACGAAGCGCGCCACAAUGGAGGACGCGCACUACUCCGUGAAGGACGCGACGCUUGACAUGACCGCAGAGAGCGCGCAGGAGGCGCAUCAGCAACGACAGGUGUACGCUUGGAGCAAGAAGAAGAACCGCUACGUCCGCAUGAAUGUCAAUGAUGCCAAGGCGUUGUUGCAUGGAGUGAAGAAUGAGGCGGGCAAGGCGGUGAACUUCAAGUCGAAGCUCGAGGUGUACUCGCGGUGGAUGAAGAAGAGCAACAUGCGCAUCCAGGACGUCGGUGAGGAGGAGGACCUCGGCCCACUCAACCGCGCACGCGCCGCACAAGCGCAGUCCAACGGUGACGGAGCAGCAGGAGCCGACGAGGGCGACGAUGAGGACGCGGUAGACAUCAGCGACCCGAACCAAGGGAAGAAGCUGCGCGUUGGCCGCAAGCAGCGGCGUCUGCCGAAGGACGGACACGUGCGCACUUUUGAGGAAAUGGCGCUCAUGAAGCGCAAGACAGAAAAGGAGAAGGCGCGGCUGGCACGCAAACAGCAGAGACGAAAGAGCAAUUGA